AGGCCAAUCGUAGUGGUUGAAAGGAUUUUUAGGUGUUAUUAAAUAUCUAAUUCCUAACACAGCAUUUCGGCUUUAACUCACAUCAUGGUAUGUUCAAUCAGUCACUCGAGUCUGCUGCUUCUUCUCAUUCCACUUGCUUCAUCUUGCAGAUCCUUACAGAUUUCGCCUCCCAGCUGUACCAAUAAGGAUGAUUACAACUGUACCUUUGGUAAAUUAGAAAACUUCCAUGCACUUGCUGGUCAAUACAGUUCCUUUCAAGAUGGUCAGUUCUCAGAGAAGUUGAAUGGCAACAAGAUUUGGAGCCAACUUAAAUGGAAAGCACCAUCACAGGAGAAAGUCAAAGGCUUCUUAAUAAUCCUUGUGAACAACACCUGGGAAGAAUAUUUCUUUUAUAACUUGACUCAAGAUGAAUUUCUCCAGAAUAAUUCUGAGACCAUAUUUUCUUUUACCUGUGAGAAAGAUUUCACUUCAAAAUUUUACAUGUGUUAUUCGGGCAAGCAGUGUUUUCUAGCUGAUAAUAACAGAAAGAAGCCAGUAAUAACAUCUACUACGACAGAAAUUAAUGAAGAUUAUACAGCUGAUAAUAACAGAAAGAAGCCAGUAAUAACAUCUACUACGACAGAAAUUAAUGAAAAUUAUAUAGUUGCUGAUAAUAACAGAAAGAAGCCAGUAAUAACAUCUACUACGACAGAAAUUAAUGAAAAUUAUAUAGUUGCACAGCCAGCAAAUACUGUGUAUUUACCAUCAACAAAUACUGUGAAUUUCCUAAAAAACAAGAAGGCUUCUUAUGAUUGGCUGAUUAUUGUGGGAGGAGUCCUUCUGAUUAUCCUGAUGUUUGUUUUACUGGUUGUCUUAAAAUGUCGUGUUUCUAGAAAAAAACAAAAUUGCGAUUAUGAUUCAGUGAAUAAGACACCUGACCAGGAAAACCGUAUUAAACCUAAUACUUCUGCUGAAGAACCACCUGAAGAUGAUGGCAUCAGUCAUUACAUGGCUAAGAUAAAUACUAAUAAUAAAACUUCAGAUGCAAAACAAUCUGAAGACGAAAACAUCAGUUAUUACUUGGCUAAGAUCAAUGCCAAAGACCAUGAUGAAAAAUCUAUUUUUGACAACAGUUAUCAGAAUUUGGAUUUGUAAAGCUGAUUUCUCUUCCACACAGCCACAUUCUUGAUAAACACACAAGCCGUAGCUUAUUUGCUGCAUUGGUAAAUCACCAUUCAGUAUGAUUCAAUGAUCUCUAGAUCACUCUCAAGCAGUGUUCCCUCUAUUUCACUACAACCACCACCACAAUCAUAGCCACUAAUGUUCUUCUCCAAGCUUGCUAACAAUAAAACGCAUCAAUAAAAACUCAAAUCAUUACAUAUACAGAGGUUGGACAAAACAAUGGAAACAACUUAAAAUUUCAAACAAAUUAAUUUUAAUAUGGAGUAGGACCACCUUUGGCAGUAAUUACAGCUUAAGGUAUGGACUCGUACAAA